UAUUUUAACGUCACUUUUAUCUGCUAUAUAUAAACUACUUGCUAAUUGAUCUAGUUCGUUUGUUAAUUAACAUAAUAAUAACAUAACUUUCUUGUUCCUCUUGGCUAAAUGAGUAAUUUCUUCUCAUCACCAUCAAUGCCUGAUUAAUUAUUUUCCCUUAUUUUCUGGUGCAUCAUCAACAGAGUGUAACAUUGUGAUUAAGCAGUGCAGCACUUGGAAUUUUAUAAUGGCUAUGCAACAAAUGAUGGGUGCUUCUUCUUCGGCGAUGCCUUUGAAGAAAUUCGACGUAUUUAUUAGCUUUCGAGGUGAGGAUACUCGUAGGAACUUCACAAGCCAUCUUUAUGAUGCUGUGAGCAAUAAAGUUAUAACCUUUAAAGACGACAAUGAGCUUGAAAAAGGAGAUGAGAUCUCAUCGGCAUUGAUCAAAGCCAUUGAGGAGUCAUAUGCAUCCAUAGUCAUCUUCUCAAAAGAGUAUGCUUCCUCAAAAUGGGGCUUGAAUGAACUCAUCAAGAUUCUAGAAUGCAAAAAAGAUCAGGGACAGAUUGUGAUACCGAUUUUCUACGAAAUAGACCCAUCACAUGUGAGGAAUCAAACUGGGAGUUACAGGAAAGCUUUUGCAAAGCAUAAGAAAGAUUUGAAGCACAGCAAAGAUAAGUUGAAGAAAUGGAAAGAUGCUCUCACAGAAGCAGCCAAUUUAGCUGGGUGGCACUCUCAAAAUUACAGGAUUGAAUCGAACUUCAUUAAAGACAUCGUGGAAGAUGUUUUAAAAAAACUGAAUCAUAGACACCCAUUUGAAGUUAAUAAGGAACUUCUUGGAAUUGAAGAAAAGUAUGAAGAGACUAAAUCCUUGCUGAAAAUUGGGUCAAAUGAUGUUAGAACCCUUGCAUUAUGGGGCAUGGGUGGCAUAGGAAAGACCACUCUAGCUAAAGAUUUAUAUGCUAAAUUGUGUUCUCAAUUUGAACGUCAUUGCUUCCUCGAAAAUGUAAGGGAAGAAUCAUCCAGGUAUGGACUCAAUGUUGUACGUAACAAACUUUUUUCGACAUUGUUGGAGCUUCGUCUUGAUGCAACUUAUGUAGAAACUCCAAUUUUCAUGAGAAGACUUGCAUGUGAAAAAAGCUUCAUUGUGUUGGAUGAUGUGGCAACCUUAGAGCAAGCAGAAAAUCUUAACAUAAACAAUAAUUGCUUGGGACCAGGUAGUAGAGUCAUUGUCACAACUAGAGAUAAGCAGGUAUGCAGUGAAUUUGAUGAAUGUGAAAUUUAUGAGGUCAAGGAAUUGGACGAAUAUGAAUCUCUUCAGUUAUUCUGUUUGAAUGCUUUUGGAGAAAAACGUCCUAAAGUUGGAUAUGAAAAGCUCUCAGAAAGUGCAAUUGGCUAUUGCAGAGGCAAUCCACUGGCAUUAAAAGUUUUAGGUACAAAUUUCCGUACAAAAAGCAAACAAGCGUGGGAAAGUGAAUUGGAAAAGCUAAAAAAGAUUCCCAAUAGGAGAAUUCACGAUGUAUUAAAAUUGAGUUUUGAUGACUUAGAUCAUACACAACAGGACAUAUUUCUAGACAUUGCAUGUUUCUUCUCCAUGAUGCAUCAGUGGUACGAGGAUCGUGAUACUUGUCGAGAUGACCUAAUAUGUCUACUAGAUGCUUGCAAUUUCUUUGCAGCAAGUGGGAUUGAAGUCCUUAUAAAUAAAGCACUCAUAACGUGUAAAGAUUUUAAUUGCAUAGACAUACAUAAUUUGUUACAAGAAAUGGGACAAGAGAUUGUUAAGCAAGAAUCUCCCAAAAACCCCGGAAGAAGAAGUCGAUUGUACGAUCCUGAGGAAAUUUAUGAUUUACUGAAAUAUAACAAGGGUACUGAAGUUGUUGAAGCUAUGGUAUUUGAUAGUUAUAAAGUUGAGAAUCUACACUUGAGCUCUGAUUCCUUUAAAGGAAUGACUAACUUAAGAUAUCUUCAAAUAAGAAAUACAUGUUUUGAGAGAAAAAGUUCCAAUGUGUACCUCCCUGACGGUCUUGGGUGGUUGUCUGAUAAAUUGAGGUACCUUUCUUGGGAUGUAUUCCCACUUGAGUCUUUGCCAUCAACCUUUUGCUUUGAAAGGCUUGUACAACUUAUCAUGUGCAAAAGCAAGCUUAAAAAGCUUUGGGAUGGAAUUCAGAAACUUGACAAUUUAAAGUUCAUUAUGCUAAAUGACUCCAAAGACCUGGUUGAGGUCCCAGACUUAUCUGGUGCACCAAAUAUUGAAGUAGUAUCUUUGUCUUAUUGUGAGAGCUUGUGUCAGCUCCAUCCAUCCAUUCUCAAUGCCCCCAAGCUUGGAGAAUUACAUUUAAAUGGUUGCAUAAACCUUGAAAGCUUGAAAACAACCACUCACUCAAAAUCUCUUUAUAAAAUCGAUCUCACUGGUUGUUCAUCUCUCAUUGAAUUUUCGGUGACAUCAGACGAAAUGGUUUGGCUGUCCUUAAGUGGAACUGCUAUACAUGAAUUGGCAUCAUCAAUUUGGCAUAAUAGCAAACUGACUCAUCUCUUUCUAAGAAAAUGUCAGAAACUUAACAUUGUUGGGAAGAAGUUAUCAAAUGAUCCAGGAGUGAUGCCUCUUAAAAAACUGGAUCUUUCAGGAUGCACACAAAUCGAUACAUUGAAUUUAUGGCACAUCCUUGAUGGCUUACAAUAUUUAAAACAUCUACAUUUGAAAGAGUGCUGCAACAUAGAAGCUCUCCCUGACAACAUCCAAGAAAAAUCAAUGAUGGAAAAUCUUAUUUUAGAUGAAUGCAAGAAACUUAAGUCCCUACCAAAGCUUCCCGCAUCCUUGCAAAAAUUGACAGCCAUUAACUCUACUUAUCUGAACACAGACUCCAUUCAACAGACAAUGCUUGAGAACAUGUUACACAAACUCCACACAAAAUCCAUUCAAGACAGAUCAAAUGAUUUUUAUGAAAUAUCUUUCAUUCCCGGAGGUCAAGUUCCAAGAGAGUUUGAUUUUCAUACAACAGAAACUUCCAUAGUUAUUCCUCCUAUUCCAAAAUUUGGUUUGUCUGCUUUCAUUUUUUGUAUCAUUCUCUCCGAGGGCUUAAAUGUGUCUUACAAUGGCGUUUAUUGUACUAUAUACGAACGCGGAAAACAAGUCCAGAAAUGUUAUGUAGGUGGGAGAGUGACAUUAAUUUCAGAUCAUGUUAUGUUAAGUUGCCAGUAUGUUAAUGACGAAUUGGUGGAGUUGGGGAGUGAAAGUGGAGAUGAUCAUUACAACCUUUCAUUUGAAUUCAAAUAUUAUGUUGAUGAGGACGACGGAGAAUUUUGGUCAACUAAGGGGAUAAAGGGUUGUGGGAUCUUUCCUGUAUAUGACCUGAAGCUUAGGUUGGAGUUGGAUGGUAGAAUCAUUGGUAGAGAUGAAAUUGUUGAAUUACAAUCUAGUGCUCAAGUUUUUUAUGAGUUUGAUCAACAUCUAAAACUUGAUAUUGAAGAGUUACAAUACCGAGAAGUUGGAGUCGAAAUUAGAGGCUCUAAUGAUGAAAAUGACCAACAACAAAGAAAAUGAGGAUGAUAAAUCUUCUUUUGAAUGUUCAAUCGGUCUUUUGUUGAAGGACAUGCUAGAAGAGUCAAAACUCUAUUUCUCAAGCAAAAUGACAACAUAUUGUAACUUUCAUUCAACAGUAUCCCUUGAUGCAGUGGAUUAGUAGCAUAAAAGUUGUAUGCUUGUAUCUUUAAAAAAAAAAACAGUUGCAGGGCUUGUAAUAAAGUCACCAUUUCAAUGUGAAAGUGCAGCUAUAAAAUUGUUAGGGAUUUUUACCAUUGCAGAAAUCUUCCCAAUCAUUUUAGUUAUGUCAUUAGUCAAUAAUGUUUGUGUUUUCUUAUUCAUAUUAUGCAUUAUGAUGUUGCAAAAAAUUGUGACAUUGGCCAUUUAUUUCUUUUUAA